AUGAAGAUUUUGCUUUACGGAAUGGCCGAGUCAGGUCUUUCCACAUUAUUCAACCAAUUUAAAUUAUUACCCAACUCUGUACCAUUACUCUCUCAAAACACCACUCAAACAAAUUCCAAUACUUCUUCUAACAAUACAAGUAAUAAUAAUAAUUCUAAUUCCAAUAAUAAUGAAUCAAAUAAUAAUAUUGAUGGUAAUAAUCAUCAUCAAGAACAAAUAACAUCCCUAACUGAAGAUACAACAAUUAAACAACAUGAUGAAAAUAAUAAUAAUACAUUCUCAUCACCCGAAGAAGAUGAAACUCCAUCAUCAUCAUCAGCAAUAACAUUAUCACCAUCAACAGAUACUACCAAACCAGCAGUACCAAGUCAAGCCCUCAAACCAUCACUCAAAAGACCAACCAUCAGUCCUCUCCAAUUUACUCCUCCACCUUCAAACUCUAGAAAAACAAUAACAACAUUAGCAAAUCCAUCAUCCUCUUCAACCACCUCCCCUCAAGAAGUCUUCCAAUCCAACCAUCCAACCCACAUUAAAUUCCUCAAGAGACGUAAACAAGCCUUUAACGAACAUUUUUUGAAAAAUCUCCCUAAUGCCUUCCUUACACAACUCUUAAUAUCUUUCAAGUUGUUGAUUCAUCAUGCGGAGAGGAGGGACUUGUUGUUUAGUAUGGAUGAGAGGCUACAGGAGUUUUUGAUGGAGAGAAUUGUGAGGGAUGCGAGGUUGGAGAGUAAUUAUGUGAAGAAUUCUUCAUCUACCUUGUUGAUUGUUGCUCCUUCUUCAUCAUCAAGUAAUAAUAUUAAUAUUAAUAAUAAUAAUAAUAAUUUAAAUUUAUUGAAUGUGGUUACUUCAUCAUCAUCUUCACAACAACUCUCUUCAUCCUAUUCGGAUGUUGAAACUCUGAUUGUACCUCCAUCAUCAAGUAUUAAUAAUAACAAAUCUACUACAAAUACAACAACUAACAAGAAUUCUAAUACAAAGGCUAUGAUAGCCAAGUUUAAUGGAAAGGAAAUUGUUCCAGAUUCAUCAUCAUCAUCAUCAUUAGCAUCCUCUUCUUCUGCUUCUACUACUAACAAUCAAGCAAAUCAACAAAAUCAUCACCAUAAUAUUAAAUUUGAAUCCAAAUACAAGGGAGUAAGAAAUGAUUUGGAGAAGAUUCUGAAGGAACAACAAAAGGAAUUCAUUGAACCUUUAAAGAAGGAGAAGCUAACCCAUCCAAUUCGUCAGAGAAGUUUGAGCGAGUCCUUGUUAGUGAGUCAAAUUAAAAAGUUAAAGCAAAAGAGAGGAAAGGACACACAUGAGGAGGAAGAUUAUUCACAAUUGUUACCUCCUUCUACUAGUAAGAAUAACAACAAUACUAGUCUUACUUCACUCUUUCAACAACAAGCAACAAGUUCAACAUUAACAAAUAUCAUAGAAGAGGAAGAUAUUGACACUUCGUCAUCAACAGAUGAGAGCAGCAAACAACACUUGCCAGCUCAAUAUUGUGAGCAUUGCCAAAAGAUGGCUCAUGCAAAAUUGAAGGUAAAACCUUCUUCCGAACAACAACAACUCGAUGCUAAACCAAACAAGUAUCAAUACAUGGAUUGGAAAAUUGAAAACACCAAAGCUAUUGUUGAGAGAAUUAAAAAGAUUACAGACAUUAAUCAGUUAUUUGGUGUCAGAUUGAGAAGUGAAUUCUUGAAGGAUUGUUGUGAAUUGUGGGAGAAUCAUAUUGGUUUGCAACAUUGUUUCCACUCGUAUUCAAUCUUUAAAUGUCCAGAUGGUGGUAAUAUAUUCUCAUCCCUUCCAGCAAUCAUGAAAUGGAUUGUGAAAAAGUAUCUUCUCAACAUGCCAACAAAAUGCUUCAAUUUUGAUAAGCAAGCUAUCUCUAGUAUGGAAAUUCAUGCUUCAGAGCUUGGUGAAGAUAUUGCCACCUCGUGUGAAAGUAUUCCUCCUGAGAUGGCCAUCCUUCUCAAUACCAAUUUCAAUGUCGAGUCCAGUAAUACUACAGCAUCUGCAAGGGAUUACAAAUUCAAAUUCGAGGUUCCUACAUCCAAUAACUUUCAAGAGUUGAAAGUUAGUGUAACAAGCUUGAUUCCAUCAUCACCAAACACUUCAUCUUCGAAUACUUCAUCUCCUGUUGGCACUCCUGAUUGGAAUAUUCUUGGUACAUCCUUUACAGUUCCAAACGAUGAUAAUUAUUCCAAAUCUGAUUCAGAGUUGGUCUAUCCAGUCAAUAGUGGAUUGUAUGCUCUCUCCAAGUAUAGAGCCUCAACUGCUAUGAAUAAGGAUGUCAUUUCAGCAAUGAGACCACUCGUAUUGGAAGAGAGAAAAAAGGAAGAGAGGGAAGAAAAGAAGAGUUCAAUGAGUCCACGUAGAUUAUUAAGCUUUUUCAAAUCAACAGAAAGUGCCAACAGUGAACAAGGAGCACCACCAGUUAAACCUGAAAAAAAGACCAAGAGGAUUAAAAGGCAAGAUACCUUUUCAGUAUUCAGCGGAGGAAUCUCACCAAAGGUAUCAUUCUUAAAGAAUGAAUGGAUAAUGUGUUGCUAUGCUUCAAAUAUGGUUGUCUUUGCCGUGAAUUUGUGUGACUAUCUCAAAAGUAUUUUGGUUAAGGUUGAAUACAGUGACAAAUUGAUGGAAAAGAAAAAGAUUAGCUACAGCUUGGAAAAAUUUGAACAGUGCGCGAAUGGAAAGUACUUUUCUGAACUUCCAAUAGUUUUGUGCUUUACCUUUGUUGAUGUUUUUGAACAAGGUCAACACUAUAAUCCACUAACAGAACAACAAAAAUCAGAUAUUGAACAAAUUGUACAACAGCUCAAUCCAGCAUCUUAUGGACAAAAGAAGACAGAAAAUGCUCCUCUUAAUGUUCAUACCAAACUUGAUCAAAAGAGAAAACCUUGGCAUGAUUCUUGUGAAUUUAUCAUUCAACAAUACAUUCACUUGGCAACAGCAGAACAAAGAAGAAAGCAAGUAAGAGAGUCAUUCGUCGUAUUGAAUUGUAUUGACAGUAGAAGAACAGCCCAAGUAUUGGUGAAUGAUAUUUUAUUCAAUGAAGAUCUUCUUGCUAAUGAAUUGGAAACUGAAACAUCUCAAACUGCUACCAAGGGUAAUGAUGGUUCAAAGAGUGACAGAUCUCACUAUAAAAAACCUGUGGAUAAUGGAAAGGCAACUCAACCUGACUAUACCCAAUACUAUUUGAGAAGAUGCAAGACAAGCACUACAGCCAAAGAUCAACCAACCAAAAUAUCCAAGCAACGAAAGAGUAUCAAUAGAAAGGGAGGAGAAAAACUCAAACAAGAAUUGAACAGAAACAAGAGAUUGAGUUGGUCAAACAAUGGCAGUAUCAAAUUGAAAAAACCACAGGAAAAUAUUGUCGUUCUCGAUGAAUACGCCAAUGAAGAUGAAGAAAUUGAGGAAACUCCAAGAAGAAGACGUAAGAACAGCUAUCAAUGUUCUCUUCAAUAA